GCACGCGGCAGAUCAACGCGUGCCUUGAGAGUUGGAAUCGUCAGACACACCGGCGCGAGGAGCUCGCGCUGGUCCUCCUUGUGUUUUAGAUGACGGCCAACCCCGCGUGACCCGAGAACGGUACCAGCUCGAGGAUGGGGGAGUUUACGGUCCACCGCGUGCGCUUCUUCCACUACAUGCCUUCCGCUGUGCGCGCUCUGGCGUUCCAGCCGCAGCGCCAGAAGAUCGCCGUGGCGCGCACGGACGGUUCGCUGGAGAUCCUAAACCGCGCGGACCACCUGUUCCAGGAGAAGGUCAUCCCGGGACGCGAGCAGCGCGGCACGGAGGCGCUCGCGUGGGCGGGGCAGCGCCUGUUCAGCGCGGGCCUGAACGGAGAGCUGGUGGAGUAUGACAUGCAGGAGCUCAGAGAGAAGUACAGGCUGGACGCGAGCGGCGGGCCCGUGUGGACCCUCACCUGCAACCCACAGGGAACCCGGCUGGCCGUGGGCUGUGAAGAUGGAACUGUGAAACUGUUUGAGGUGUGUGAUGAUGGAAUCCAGUUUGAAAGGAACUUGGCCAAGCAAAAAGGACGAAUCCUGUCGCUCUCUUGGCAUCCGUCCGGCUCCCGGCUCGUGGCUGGGAUGGCAGGCGUGAUUUGGGUCUUUGACGCUGGCACAGGUCAGUCAGUCCACAGGCUGUUGGUGGAACGUGGAACUGGGGCACCCCGGUCUAAGGAGUGUGUGGUGUGGAGUGUGGUCUGCCUCUCGGACGGCACCAUUGUCAGUGGAGACUCUUCUGGGAAUGUUAAAGUGUGGGAUGGAGACACUGGAACACUGAUUAGAAACCACCAGGUCACCAAGUGGGACGUUCUGGCAUUAUCGGUCUCUCAGGACGAGACCAGUCUUGUGGCGGGAACGUCGGAAGGAACUGUGGUCCAGUUCCAGCACCUCUCUGUGGUUCUUGGCAGGGAAGACAAAGAGUGGGUCCAGACCAGAACGUUCAAGAACCACACACAUGAUGUGCGCGCCGUGUUGGAGCUCGACACAGCCGUGGUGUCUGGUGGCAUGGACACACAGUUGGUGGUGAGGCCUCUCUUGGACAAAAUCGACGUGAAGACUUCUGCUUCAGCCCUGCGAAAGAUCCACUUCCCCCACAGACGCCUGGUUUCGUGUUCCAGAACGGCAAGACUUCUGCUGUUCCAGCACCGCAUCCACCUGGAACUCUGGAGGCUGGGCGAGAGUGAAGGAACCGGGGUCCCUGGGAGCAGUUUACCUAUUAAACGGAAACCAGAGAAACUGUUGCAUUUGAAAACAAAGGGGGAGGAGCAUAUCUGCUGCAGUGCACUGUCUCCGUGUGGGGGAUGGGUCGUGGUUUCCACGGUGACCAAUUUGAGACUGUACAGGCUGCAAUGUGACGAAACCAUCAGCAUCACUAAGGUGUCGAAGCUUCCAAAGGUCGUCAGCUCAGCCAAUCAGAUUUGCUUCUCUUCAGACUCCUCCUACCUGUUUACGGCCUCCACUUGUUCCUCAGUGCAUGUGUUAGCUCUCAGCCAAUCAGGGUGCACGUUUGUAUGUACCCUCAAGCCCAAGUCAUGCUCUGGUCAGGCCAUUCUCCUGUUAACAGCCAGUGAUGAUGGGAAAUGGUUGGCAGCAGCAAAUGCAGACCAUGAGGUUCAGGUGUACAACCUGCAGAAAAGGAAGGCCUACUGCACUGUGCCCGUGUACAGCUCUGGGGUCACAGCCAUGUCCAUCAAUCCCGCUACCAACAACCUGUUUAUGGUACACGCCGACCAGCAGAUCUUUGAGUUCUCUCUAGAGCAGAAGCAGUACACAGACUGGAGCAGACUGGUACACAGGAAGGGCUUGCAUCCCCAGUGGCUGGAGAGAGACACACCUGUCACCAAUGUGACCUUCAGUCCCAGAAACCCUGCCCACGUCAUUCUGCACGACAUGUACAUGUUCUGCAUCAUCGACCAAACCCUGCCUCUUCCUGAAAGGAAUUCUCAGCUGGUCAACCAGCUGACCCUGAGGAGUCUCCCAGAGAAGGAGCGACGGGCCCACAGCCAUGCUUUCAAAAUCUGCAAGACCUUCAAGGAGCUGCUGUUUGUGGAGCUUCUGGAAGAUCAGUCGUUGGUGGUGAUAGAGCGCCCCCUGCUGGACAUUACUGCUCAGCUGCCUCCACCAGUGAGACAGAAGAAGUUUGCCACAUAAGUGUGUGUGUGUGUGUGUGUGUGUGUGUGUGUGUGUGUGUGUGUGUGUGUGAUAUAGUUAACCUUCUCCUUCCUAUGCUUUGCAAUGACUAUUUGAUACAGUAAUAAAUAUUUGCUGUAAGAAACA